GCGAACAAAGCUAAUAUCAAAUCUAACGAUUUGGCUUCGCAAUCUAACGAAUUUUUGACAGCAUUUUACCGAUUUUAUUUUUUUUCGUUUGGGAACACUGGUGUCGCUGGUGUCAUCGCAAAAGUUUAAAGCAACAAGCAACUAUUGUUGUGAUUUUUUUUGUGAAAUGGAAGAUUCAGAAUUAUUUGGUUUACGGUGGGACAAUUACCAGAGUAACUUGGCUGCAAGCCUAUAUUCUUUGUAUAAAGAUAUGGAAUUGUGCGACGUGACAAUUAGUGCCGAUGGCAAAUCUUUAAGGGCUCACAAGAACGUUCUUUCGGUGUGCAGCCCCUAUUUCAAAGAAUUAUUUAUGGCGAAUCCUGGCAAAGAUACAACAAUUAUACUGCAUGGUGUUGAUUACAACACACUGUGCAGUAUAUUAGAAUUCAUAUACCAGGGGGAAGUUACUAUUUGCCAGGAAGAGUACGAACAAUUUAUAAGGGUAGCGGAGACGUUAAAACUUCAAGGACCCACAAACAAUUCAUCAUCUUUAUCGUCUGUGAAUUGGAUUUAUAAUAUUGGAUUUACAUUUAUCAAAAUGUAGUGAACUGGAAAAAUGAAUUCAAAUUCAGAAGAUGUAAGUGUAAUGAUAUGUAGAUAAUUAAUAUUAAUGAUAAUAAUUUUAAUUCUAUGAAGAUGUAACAUAAAUACACCUUAAA